AGGAAACAAACUACCCACCACUACCAACAACACCAUGCCGACAAUCCUUUUGGGAAUGGGGAACCCUCUCCUCGACAUCUCCGCGGAAGUGCCGCAGGAGGUGCUGGAUAAAUAUGAGCUCAAGUUGGACUCGGCCAUCUUGGCGGAGGAGAAGCACCUGCCCCUCUAUAAGGAAUUGGUCGACGCCUACAAGGUGCAAUACAUCGCAGGAGGCGCCACCCAGAACGCCAUCCGUGUGGCCCAAUGGAUGUCGCAGACACCUGGGUCCACCAGCUUUUUUGGAUGCAUCGGAAAAGACGAUUUCGGGGCGGAACUUCAAAAUUGCGCGAAGGCCGACGGGGUCAAUGCCUUCUAUAAGGAAGAUCCCGAGACCCCGACAGGCACCUGCGCGGUGCUGGUGAAAGAUGGAGAGCGGUCUCUCUGUGCGAAUUUGGCUGCCGCCAACAAAUUCACCGCGGACCACCUGGCCUCCGUGAAGGCCAAGGAGAUGAUCGCGGAGGCCAAGAUGUUUUACAUCGCCUCCUUUUUUCUGACCGUCUCGGUCGAGUCUUUGCUGGUGGUGGCCGACCAUGCCGUGGAGCACAACAAGAUUUUUGCCAUGAAUUUAUCCGCGCCUUUUUUGAUCCAAUUUUUCGCGGAGCCCAUGGCCCAAGCCCUGCCCUACACCGACUACGUGUUUGGGAACGAAUCGGAGGCCACGGCCUACGGUGAAUUGCAAGGGUGGGGCACCGACAUCCCGACCAUUGCCCUGCGCCUGGCGGCGGCGCCGAAAAAGAGCGGGACACGCCCUCGGGUGGUAGUGUUCACCCAAGGGAGCGAGGCGACCGUGGUCGCCAAGGAGGGGAAGGUGGAGAAAUUUCCGGUGGAAAUGUUGGAAAAGGACAAGUUGGUGGAUACGAACGGGGCGGGAGAUGCCUUUGUGGGUGGUUUCCUUUCCGUCUUGAUGCGGAAGGAGGGGGCGGCGAUGGAGGAAUGCGUCCGGGCGGGGCACUGGGCAAGUCGGGUCAUCAUCCAGCGGAGUGGGUGCACGUUCCCGAAGGAGUGUGACUACAAAUAGAAAAGGAGGGGAAAGGGAGGGAGGGAGG